AUGAAUGUUUUGAAACAUACUCGUGAUGUGCGCUUGCUGCAUUCAUACAAACUCAGCCGCAACAAAGGUCGCUGGACGAAGGACGAGCACGAGCGGUUUCUCUCCGUGGCGGGACAGUUGGGCAAAACAACAGAAAGCUGGAAGUGGAUUUCUAAGUUUGUCGUUACGACGAGGUCGCCUGCUCAGGUCCGCACCCACGCGCAGAAGUACUUUCAGAGAAUUGGUCAGGGGCGCCCAUUCCCCGACGAGAACGAAGAAGAAAAACGAAAGGAAGACCAAGAGGACGACCGUUCUACCGCUGCAGGGGAAGCACCACCACCGCAAAUCAUGGCAACUCCCGACGAUGCUCGUUGCCACUCGCCCCCGUCCAGUGGACUGAUGGCGGUGGUAAAGGUGCCGUCCGUGGUCUCGCUGAUCAAUAGCUACGACGACUGUGGCGGUUUCCCCCAGGCCGGCGGCAUCCCCGCUCUGCCACCGUCGUUGUGUUCCCCGUGCGGGCUCUUUCCAGGAUUUACCCCCGAACAGGGCUGGCAAGACUCUUCUCUGGACCCGCACGUGGCGGCAGCAUCGGCGGAAACGGCGGCAGGGGCGGCUGCGCUCGGUCACGACUUGGACAGAGGCAUGUUCUUGCCCAGCGGCGGUAGUGGAGAGGGAUCAUCGGCUCCGCCACCGCUGCCACCGCUAUGGAGCGGCAUCGGAGAUGCCAGCGGGGCCAGCUGUUGCGGAUCGCUCUCGAUGCCCUAUGACGGGAGCAGCGGCUCUCCUCUGGACAACUGGUACGGAAAAAGAUGGGGAUGCGGCGUGCUGACGGUAGAAUUCAUGCAAUUGUUUCAUGUUAUCACGUUCGCGUGCGCGAUGCAUCCGCUUUCAUGUUUCAAUGUUUCUCGAUGUUGCUCGUGGUCUGUGGAGGUCGGAUGA